AUUCCAUUUUACCCAAUUGUCUUCCAAUGCAGUCAUCAAGUUCUUUUGGAAACUACAUUUCACCAUAUUCUCCAGAUCACUAUUCCACUACUGUUGGAGCGCACAGUAGCAUCAGUCUAGAUGAGGAAGUCAAGCUGUUCACAAAUAACAAAAAUCGUGAAAAGUACGACAAUAUGGCCGAUCUCUUCUCGAUCAUUGUCCUCAUGGAGCAUCUCGAGAAGGCAUUUAUAAGAGACUCUAUUACAGCUGACGAAUAUACCCCACAGUGCUCAAAUCUUAUUGCAAAAUACAAAACUGCCCUCAACUUCUUAUCAGAUACUGUUACUGACCUCGAGUCCUUCAUGGCGAAAUAUAAGCUGAGCUGCCCGGCUGCAGUCAUCCGCUUCAAAAUAGGUGUCCCGGCAACAUACGAGCAUGCCAUAGGUGACCCGAGCAAGGAUACGGGCAAAUCAGCGAAAUACGUUGCUGAAGUGGUUCAGCACUUUAUUACUCUUAUGGACACGCUGAAGUUGAAUAUCUAUGCGGCAGACAGCUUGCAUCCCAUUUUAGCUGAUCUUAUCCAAUCCCUCAACAAUGUAUCUACACUCCCAGCUGAUUUUGAUGGAAAGGCAAAAGUGAAAAAUUGGCUUAUAACGCUUAACGGCAUGAAAGCAAGCGAUGAAAUUACAGAGGAGCAGGCACGGCAAAUGCUUUUCGACAUGGAGCGCGCACACACCGAAUUCUAUCGCAUUUUAAGCGGAGAGAGCAGCCCGAAGGAGUCGGGAGCCUAGUGGAGGUCGGUCUUGCGUCAAGCUAAUGGUUGUGGGCCAAAUGGAAAUCUAAUUGUGCCAGCCAGAUGUUUGGUUGU